AUGUCUUUGAAAAAUGCCAUUAGUCGACUAGGACGAGUGCCAGCUGUGCAGAAGCAGUUCAAUGUGUUCACUAGCUUGAACCAUAACGCUGAGGAAGAACUGAAGAAAAAUGAUUUGAAUGGUCAAGAAGCUGCUCGGCCGCUCAACAACCUGCUGUGCGCCAUUAAAGACAAUAUAGCUACGAAGGAACUCCCAACUACGUGUGCUUCGAAGAUUUUGGAAGAUUACAUGUCGCCUUACGAUGCUACCCUUGUCAAGCUUUUGAAAGCCGCUGGUGCUGUUAAUGUGGGAAAAACCAAUCUUGAUGAGUUUGGAAUGGGCUCAGGAGGCACUAAGUCGCAUUUUGGUCCAACCAAGAAUCCAUUAUUUCCUGGGAAAGACAUGAUCGUGGGUGGAUCGUCAUCUGGAUCUGCGGCUGCAGUGGCAGCAGAUGUGGUAGACUUUGCUUUAGGAACAGACACUGGGGGAUCUGUAAGACUGCCAGCAUCCUACACCUCGAUUUUGGGAUUCAAGCCCUCUUACGGAAGAAUAUCCAGACACGGAGUCAUCGCAUAUGCACAGAGUUUUGACACGGUGGGGAUCAUGUCGAAAGAAAUCAGUACCAUUCAAAAAGUGUUUAAAGUGCUAGACAAAAGCGAUCCAAAGGACCCCACUUGUUUGGAUGAGAGCUCACGAGCGAAACUACAAACCAUUCUGCCGCAGGAGCAGAGGAGUAAGCUCAGAAUAGGUAUACCGCGAGAGUUUACGCCCAGUGGAAUACCUGCUAGCUCUGUCAAAAAGUUCCUCAGCAUUGUGGAACAACUAGCGGCACAGGGACAUCAGUUUUUCCCCAUAUCUCUGUCUGAUAUCAAACACUCUCUUCCAAUCUAUUACACUCUAGCACCAGCAGAAGCAGCCUCGAAUUUGGCAAGAUACGACGGUGUUAGGUAUGGUGUUCGGGAUUCCAAAUAUGACUCCCACAAUGAUGUCCUAUUUGCUCCCACAAGAGAGAAUUUCGGGGAGGAGGUCAAGACCAGAAUUGUCUUGGGCAACUACAAUCUAUCGUCGGAGUUUUACAACAAUCAUUACAUCAAAGCCCAAAAACUACGAGUCGAAUUGAUAGACGAAUUUGAUAGUAUUUUUGCAUUACCCAAUAUCUUGACAGGGUCUAAGGGUAAUGAAAAUGGUGUUGAUGUGCUUCUUUCGCUAUCUGCGAUCAGCGAACCUACUUCCAUAUCCGAGUACGAGACUGGGGAUUCUCGCAAUCCCAUAAACUCAUAUGUUAAUGAUAUUUUCACGACACCGAUGUCUCUUGCAGGGCUUCCCACUAUCUCGGUGCCUACUGGCCAUUCGGGAGAACCAGUAGGCGUGCAAAUUGUAGGGCAAUAUGGAGACGACGAUACGGUGUUGAAUGCUGUAAAGGAUAUUUGGUAG